AUGGAAACCGUAAAAUCUACCGUCAACAGCCUACUCGGCACCGGCAACAAGGAAGACACCACCACCACCACUGAGCAUACCAGCACUGGCUCCGCAGACUCCAAGCCCGACACCACGUCCAGCACUACCGAUAGCUCAUCGAACGACUCGCCGGCCACAACUCAAGGCUCCCGCACUCUCGAGGGCGGCGGCGAUGCUCCAACCAAGGGCAAUGCCAACUUGGGGUCAGAUCUGGACAAGACGCUGAGCGGCCCCAAAGAUCCUGCUUUACAGGGCGAGGAGCACCCGAAGAUGACUGGGACGGGGGCACCAGGAUCGCACUCUGCGAUAUUUGGGUUGACACCGGAUGGAAAGAAAGAGUGA